AUGGGAAAAGUUCCGAUAUUAAACUCGGUCUCAGACUCGAGGGUAUUUUUCAAUUUGAAAGAAGAAUCAUCUCUGAAUGAACUUAUGACAAAAUUUUGGGAAAUUGAACAAGUUCCAAAAAACACUUUACCGGAUGCUGAGGAAUUAGAAUGCGAUAAAAUGUACACUAGUACUUUCAACAGAGAUUCAGAAGGGAGAUUUACGGUAGCUCUUCCAUUUAAGAAUUCACCUAGUACACUGGGUGAUUCUAAAACUGGCGCUAUGACACGAUUGUAUUCCUUAGAAAGAAGAUUGACAAAAUUUCCGGAAUUGCGUUCAGGUUUCAAUGAUAUUAUGAGAGAAUCCAUUGAACAAGGUCAUAUGCAUUGGGUAAGGGAUGAAUAUUUGAAAGCAGCGGAUACAACGUACUACAUUCCUCACCAUGCUAUUUUCAAACCUGAUAGUUCCAGCACUCCGAUUCAAAUAGUGCUGGAUGCUAGUGCAUCCUCCGAUAGUGAUAUUUCUUUGAAUGAUAUUUUAUACGGAGACCCGAAAUUGCAGACGGAUAUUUUUUCUUUGUUGUUGGAUUUUAGACUUUUUAGAAUUUAG